GCUGGUGUUCGGCUAUGCCUGCAAGCUGUUUCGGGAUGAUGAGAAGGCUCAGUACCAGGAACAGGGGCGACACCUUAUUCCUUGGAUGGGAGACCCCAAGAUCAUGAUCGAUAGGUCGGUGUAACACAACUCCCCAGACUCUGCUGCGAGCCCUCCUCCUGUGAUAGCCUCUUUCUGUUCCCCCCCUUGUGCUGUGGGCAGGUGAGGGCGGGGGAUGAGCAGCGGGGAUGUUCUUCGAGGGCAGCUCCCCCUGGAAAAGCGCUCCGGGGGCUGCUUUGGUGUCGCUGCAGGGCCCCCCCGGCAGCGGGAACUCGGCGUUCCCCGCUCCGGCGGCGCUGGAGGUUCCCGGCCGUGCGCGGUGGUCCCUGUGCUCCGCAGGGCGGAGCGGAGAGCGGGAAUGGGCUGUUCCUUUUCAGUGCGGACCACAAACAUCCUCUGCUUCUCACUUGGAGUCCAAGGGAGCCCGACUGCGUUGGGAAUACCUUGCUAGGCACGCUGUGUGUGUUCUCUAGGUGAGAACGGUGCAGUGUGGGCAGUGCAGAGGUGUUCACCCACCUCAGAGCAAAUGGGGAUUUCUUGUUUCUCCUACAUAAUCUGGCUGCAGGCUGUUGGUGGGACACCCCAAAAGCAAUUCUUGGCCUAAUUACUUUUUCCUUGUGCCAUGAUUCACUGUAUUAGUCAGAAUGGAGUUGAUUUUGGGUGAUUGCUGUUCAAAUUUUAUGUGAGGGGCGGCUUUUUUUUUGGUGGUUGUUCAUGCAGUAGGUCCAGGUUCGUGGCCAGAGAGAGGAAUAGAAUCCGCCUUGAUGUUCCUUCUGGUCUCUGAGUUGUUUCAGCAGUGCAGGGUGGGAUUUAGAAAUUAAUUCAUUGAGAAAGAGUUUUCUGGAUGUUGUGCUGGAGAGAGGGAAGAUGGGAGGUCAGGUUGGUUAUAUUUGAGUGGAGCACUGAAGGAAUAAUUUAAGAGUUGUGGCUGACCCUGAAAACCUCAUUGGGAAAGAUGGAAGGAUUUUGGUUUGAAAAGGAUCACAUGACAUACUGUAGAUAUUUUUUCCCUCAAUUUCAUCAUUGCUUUGGUGCUAGACUUGAUUUUCUUGUUGUGACUUAAGAGCUGCAUUUGGCUUGGAAAAAUGUCAAUAAAGGAAGGUCUUUCCACUCCCUUCCAUUAGACUGGAGAAAAAAGAGGUGCCCUUGCACUGUUUUGGUGUCUGUACUGUUAAUGACUUUUUUAUCAUUGAAAUUAGUUUGAUAAAUUGAAAUAAGCACAAACACCUGAAAAAACAACCAUAAGUGUUUGUAGCUGUGUUUUGUUCUCAGUUACGUGAGAAUGGAAGUGUUACCUUGCACACUUGUGAUCCAGAUCACUUCUGUGACAGAUCUCAUGGGUAGGUAGAGGCUGGUUUUGGGGUCCUGUGCAGUAGCAACCCCGUUCCCAGGUGGCACAGAAAUUGUAGGGAGCAAACACUGAGUAUGUGCAUGUCAGUGCACAGGCACUGAAACACCUGAAUAAUGAACCUUUGUGAGUUAAGGCAGCUUGCAAUUGCUAAUCUUAUAAACUCCUUUGGAAGCUUAGAUUCCUUUUAUCUCCAGCAGCAGGAAGUCUCCAUUAUCACCAUUUUGAGCAAAGCACAUUGCUAUGAGAAGACUUGGGUUGAAGUUUGCCUGUGGACAGAGCUUGAUUAACCAGACCUGUGUGUUUCAUUCACUUUUUUGCUGCGAGAAUAUUUACUUUCUUUGUUUUUGGUCUAGCGAGUUGGCACAAGUCAAGAGUUGUGUGUGGGAAGACACCUCAGCGGAGUCGAGUUUACUGUCACUUUACUUUUCCAAUCAGUUUCUCUUGCUGGUGCACAAACAUUAUCCCAGGGCAGUGCUUUUCCUGCAAACCAAACCGUCUCCUGGCAGACGGGAACUGUCCGUCAUUGAUCUCUGCCGGUUUUGCGGUGAAACCUCCUUAAAUUGCAUGUUUAUGUUACUGUUCCUAUGUAUGUGUGUCUCUCUAUCACAUAACCCAGAACUUAUUUCCUCAGCCAAAUGGCUAGGGGCCGAGCCUAGCCAUGAUUUUACCUCCAAUGGACGCAAGUUUCUAUGGUGAAGAUUUCUCCUGAGAGUUCGGGACUAGCAGAAAGAAGCGAGGAAAUUUCGACCGUUUGGUUCUUACGGAUAGGUAUGAUGGGCGUGGUCACCUGCAUGACCUUUCUGAAUACGAUGCUGAAUAUUCCACGUGGAACAGAGAUUAUCAGUUGUCCGAAGAGGAGGCUAGAAUUGAAGCCCUCUGUGAUGAAGAGAGAGGAGGAAUAUAAAAGACUGAGUGAAGCUUUGGCAGAGGAUGGUACCUAUAAUGCAGUGGGAUUCCGUUAUGGCAGUGAUUAUUAUGACCCUUCAGAACCCACUGAGGAGGAGGAGCAUCAACCUGCAAAACAAAGAGAAGCAGCUCAGACAGAAAAUAUAGAAGAAAAUGAAGAACCUUUUGUUGCCCCUCCGGGACUGAAUGUCCCCUCUGAUGUGGAACUGCCGCCGACAGCGAAAAUGCACGCGAUCAUCGAGCGAACGGCCAACUUCGUGUGCAAGCAGGGAGCGCAGUUCGAGAUCAUGCUGAAGGCCAAGCAAGCGCGCAACUCCCAGUUCGACUUCCUGCGCUUCGACCACUACCUCAACCCCUACUACAAGUUCAUCCAGAAGGCCAUGAAGGAGGGACGAUACGCUGCCCCUUCCGAGAGCAAAACGGACGAGAAGAAACACUCGAGAGUCAAAUCUGAGGAAGAUGAUGAUGAUGAUGACGACGAUGAUGGAAAUUAUCUGCAUCCGAGUCUCUUUGCCUCUAAAAAAUGCAGUAGGCUUGAAGAGCUCAUGAAGCCUUUGAAGGUGGUAGACCCUGAUCACCCACUUGCAGCCCUGGUGCGCAAAGCCCAGUCAGAUAAUAACUCAUCCACAGCACAGUCAGCAGACGGAGCAGCUGUGCAGACAUCCCAGGCAGAAUACUCCUCUGAUUCCACGGUGGCAGCCAUGUAUUACAGCUACUACAUGCUCCCUGAUGGCACCUAUUGCCUGGCACCUCCACCUCCAGGAAUAGAUGUUGCCACCUACUACAGCACCUUGCCCGCAGGGGUGACUGUGUCCAGCACUACAGGGGUAGCAACAGUGCCUCCCCCCCCUGGCACCACACCUCCACCUCCCCCAGACACCAGUGACAGCAGCAGUGGCUUGACUUCCACCACAACAUCUACAAGCACAAUUGCUCCCGUGGUUGCCAUUAUACCUCCACCUCCAGAUAUCCAACCUGUCAUUGAUAAGCUGGCUGAGUAUGUUGCUAGGAAUGGGGUAAAAUUUGAAACCAGUGUUCGUGCCAAGAAUGAUCUCAGGUUUGAGUUCCUGCAACCAUGGCACCAGUAUAAUGCUUAUUAUGAAUUUAAAAAACAGUUCUUCCUUCAAAAAGAGAGCAGUGACAACUGCCAGGGAGUCUCUUCCUCUGAAGAUGUUCCAGCAGACGCUGCCAGCGAUACCCCAAGCGAGACUCAGUUUGCAGAUGAACAUGCACCUGAAGAUGCAUCUGAGCCAAGCUCUAAAGGAGUUCCAGGAACUAAAAAGGAUGUUCCUCCUCCUAAAGCUGUCAGUGAUGGCAAACUGGUGAAAGCAUCGUUUGCUCCAAUAAGCUUUGCAAUCAAGGCCAAAGAAAACGACCUUCUUCCUUUGGAGAAAAACCGUGUGAAAUUAGAUGAUGACAGUGAUGAGGAGGAGGAGGAGGGAAAGGAAGGCCAAGAGAAUGCCAACAGUGCUUCAAACCAUACCCCAGCAGUUACCACACCUUGUGCUGCUCCAGAAGAGAAAAAACCUCAACUUACACAGGAGGAGUUGGAAGCUAAACAAGCAAAGCAGAAACUAGAGGACAGAUUAGCAGCUGCUGCAAGGGAGAAGCUUGCACAGGCCUCCAAAGAAUCCAAGGAGAAGCAGCUACAAGCAGAGCGCAAAAGGAAAGCUGCCCUGUUCCUGCAGACCCUGAAAAACCCUCUGGCAGAGGCAGAAACUGAGAAAAUGGAAGAGAAUUCCUUCAGUAACGAGAGUGUCAACAGUAUACCAUGUCCUGUGACUGCAGUCAGAGCUUUACCCACCUUGGAAGUUAAACAAGCAGAAAGGCCUUCAAGCAGAAGCAGAGACCUUCCCAGGGAUGAAGAAAAGGAGAAGAAAAGGAAAAAACACAAGAAAAGAUCUCGGUCGAGAUCUCGAUCACCAUUCAAGUAUCAUUCAUCAUCCAAGUCCAGGUCUAGAUCACACUCAAAAGCAAAGCACUCACUUCCCACUGCCUAUAGAACUGUCAGGCAUUCAAGGUCCCGAUCCAGGUCGCCCAGGAGAAGGGCUCACAGCCCAGAGAGGCGGCGGGAGGAGAGGAGCGUUCCCACGGCCUAUCGGAUCAGCAACAGCCCCGGCAACAGCAGGAAACGGCCCCGCUCCAAAAGUCCCCAUGAAAAGAAGAAGAAGAGGCGGUCUAGAUCACGUACCAAAUCCCGAGCCAGGUCUCCCUCGCCAUCCAUGUCACCGGGCAAACCAUCCACACACAAAAAUUCUGUACAUUCAACUAGUGUCUCUCCUGUGGAGAGUAGGGAAUCCAGCCAGGAACGCUCCAGGGGAGUUUCUCAGGAAAAAGAUGGCCAAAUCUCUUCAGCAAUCGUGUCUUCAGUGCAGAGUAAAAUCACUCAGGAUCUUAUGGCCAAAGUGAGAGCAAUGCUUGCAGCUUCCAAAAACAUCCAAACUAGUGCCUCCUGAGACCUGCUGAACUGAUAGUCAAGAAAUUGUGUGAAAAAGAACAAUUGAAAAAAAAAACUGCCUCAUCUCAAAUGUACAGCUGAGCUUGGCUCACUUGGUUCACAACUCGUCUGAUUUACCAGAACUCGAGGAGCUAAAACCUAUCUUUCUGUACAGAAGCAUCUCCUUGAAAUUUCAUGGAAUUUUUUUCAGGCAGAAUAUCUUUGGAAAGUUUUUGGGUUUUGUAAAUUGAUUUUUUUUUUUGACUAAUUCCUCAGUAACAUUUUAUGAUCAGCAGUCUAUAUGUGUAUAUUUGUAAAUACUAUGUUUCUGUGAAAAGUAUUACACAAUAAUAAAGAAGGAAACAUCUUUCAUUAGCUA